AUUCAUGUCAAAUCCAUCAGUGUCCGUACGCCGCGGCGUGUGUCCACACACACGUACGUUGCAACCAAGCCAGCACGAAACACACACACACACAGAGCACACAGAGAAGAGAGGAGAGGAAGGCAUUGGGGGAGGGGAAGGGGAGGUCGCAUUCCGACUGGACCGGACGGACCACCCAGCCACCCAGGCAGCUAGUCAGCCAGCCAGCCAUGCAGUUAGCUGUACAGCCUUUCCCUGUUGCCGGAAGUCGCCGCAUCUGAACACACACACAGCCGCGCGCAGGCACCCACCAUUCUCCAGGCAGACGUCAGCGAUUCGAGUGUCCCUCACCGAUGACGUUCCGCUCAUCCUUAAUGGACGAGGCAAGCUGCUCCAACUGCCGUGCACACACACCACACAGCCACACAGCCAUCCAAUGGUGCGGCUGCAGUGCAUUCAUCAUUCCUCCCCCACCGCCUCCCUCCCUCUUUGCUCACGGGUUGUAUCAGCUGGUCUACGCUGAUAUCCUCCUUGGCCGCGUUGGCAAAGAACGACUGCAGCACACUUAUCGGCACCUGCGAGUCUGCAGCGCACACACAACACAUCACAACACAACACAUCACAACACAGGACAGCCAACAAAGGCCUUCCAGCAGUCCACCCACCCAUCACUCCCCGCAGCCCAGCCCCUCCCUCUGUGUCUCCCAUCACCCACUUUGGCACUUGGCAGCGAUCUUCUGCACACUCUCGGCCUGCUCGCCAGGCAGCUUCUCGGUCAACAAGUCGGUCAAGGCCUCCUUGCCCGACAGAGAGAGCUCGAAUUUUUUCUGGAACCUGUGUGGCAUCAUGAGGAACUUCUCGAGCUCGGAAGGGAUGUUGAGGGGGGUGAGGAUGAUGACCAGGAAGCCCCGGGGGUCGUGCACGGCCGUGUUGAAGACCGACUCGAGGUGGCGCAGGAAAACCGCACGCUCCGAGGAGGGAAUGUGCUGGUAAAAUUGAACCAGGUUGUCGAGAACAAGGAUGGAGUUCUGCUCACACAGAGACACACACACAGAGAGAGAGAGAGAGUUGGGGAGAUAGAGGGCUGUGGGUGUCUGUCUUUUGGAGAGGGAGGGAGUGGGAGGAAGUGGGAGGGGGGAAGGUGUUGUGUGUGUGUUGACCCGACCAGUGGUGCGCAGGCCAUUGCUGGCCCGAUAGACGAGUAGGUGUGUUCGGUGACGGGCAGGUAGCACAUGGAUUUGUUGUGCCUAUGCGCGCAGUAACGCACCAUCCAGUGCUUCCCUGCAGACAGACGUUGACACACACACAUGGAGACAGACACACAUGACACCUCUCUACCUCUCUCUCUCUCUCUGUAUGUGUGUGUGUGUCUCACCAGAGGCGGCAUUGCCACAUAGGAUGAUCCCCCUUUGGUAGGCGGUGCUGUGCUCGUGAUAAAACUUGGGGUUUUUAUAGAACCAAUCGACGUCAUCGAAGGCCCUCUGCUGCGUCUUGGAUGGCGUGUGGUCCGCCACAAAUAUGGCCUGCCGCUGAUGCCACGCACCCUCCCUGCAGACACACACACAACACACCAACACACACACAACACACACACACACACAAGAGACACAUGGUGGAGGUGUGAGUGGCGCAUUGUGCACCAACGAACCAACCAAGAGUAUAUCUGGACGACCCUGUGUUCUGGCGCCUUGAUGAAGCUCCUCAGCGCCAAGUCGAUGAGUGCGAUGUUCUGCUCGUAGGUGUCGCUGUGCAGGAUGAGGCAGGCCUCCAUGCUCUUGGUGGGCUCCUUGUGCUCCACCCGCACCUUCAACCCAUGCUCCUUCAGGUCGAUCAGAUGAGAGCCGUAGUCUAUCGUGCUGCAGUGCAGGGCAGUGCAGGCAGGGAGAGAGAGAGAGAGAGGAAAGACAGACAGACAGACAGACAGACAGACAUGAGGAGAGAGAAGAAGAGACCGCACUGUCAGGAAGCCUCUGAGAGAGGGCUGGCUGUAUGUGUCUCACUACUCACAUUUUCAGAUAGGCUGGGUCUCUCUGUGUUGACACAGGGGGGAGGGAGAGGGAGAGGGGGAGAGGGGAGGGGGAGACAGAAAGAGAGACAGGACAGCAUGCCAUGCCAUGCCAUGAUGCACACAUGCACCCGCUCAUCCACCCACUGCAGCGCUGUCUGUCCCCGGGGCUUGGCUUGCUUACGUAGUCAGGUCUUGAGGCGAUGAUGACCGCAUGUGGGGCGACAUGGGCGAGGAACGCGCUCAGCUUGCCGUACAGAUGGUCGCUAGAGUACACCUUGGCCGUAUACAUGUAUGGCGAUCGAACAAAUCACACACACACAGCACAGCCAAACUCAGCGCCCCAUCCACGAGAAGCGGGCUGAUGGGGGAGCGCAAUCCAGCGGCGAAAAACUCUUGAGGCUAGUGUAGCUGCUGCAGCCAAACAGUCUAUCGUGAUAGAUAGGAGAAAGACGUGGAGAUGGCUUCUG